AUGAUAAUGAUACGAGAUAAGGGGAUGGUGGUUGUGAAAUGCGUACGCACUGAACCAACGUUGGUGUUGUGUCGUGCCCGACACGGUCUGAUGUUCUGCAAUAAGCUGGGCGCUGCAUGCGCGAAACUUACCCAGAGCACGUUCCCGAGUGAUCUGGCAAUGGUGGGCAUGGACGCGAAAAUACCCGAACUGGUAGCCAAGUGCAUGAUCGAGGAACCGUAUGUGGCCAUCAUGAUGGUCGAAUACGGCUUCACGAAGAUGGACUCGUGGAUGAGCACUUGCAAGAUCACCGUUUGGAACGGGCCGAUUACGGUCGUACAGAAGGAAUGCGUCAAGAAACAGACUCUGCUGCCGGAUCCACGAACGGUGUGCGUGAAGAAGUACGGAUUGGACUUCUGCAAUAAGCUGAUAGUGGCGUGCUUCGAGGUGAAGAAUAAGAAGAUAAUCGGGGACGUGCCGUGUGCUGCGUGUGAACUGCCGAAUGUUGUGAACACUUGCUUGUCACAGGAGGAUGCAAUUGCGAUGUGCUACGCGAAUCACGGAGCUGCAUCGUGUAUCGUCUGGAUGAAGGCCUGCAAGAUCCGUCCCAUGGAUGCCUUAACACAACAGCAAGUGACCUGCAUCAAGAAACAGGCAGAGGCGUCGAACGUGUUGAUGGUGUGUGCGAAGAAGUACGGCAUGGUGUUCUGCAAGAAGAUGAGACUGGCCUGUUUUGAGGUGAUGCGUAUUCCGAUGCCGAGUGACGAGAACGAGGCGGCG